AUGUCUCUGCCUCCGACUUUCCGGUGCUCCAUCGGUUGGGUCCGCCGUGCAUUGCGCCGCCAGGGUGUCAGGUGCAUCGCCGCAUGUGGCGAGGCGGCCGACCAGGACCUCGCCGUUGUCCGUACUGCUCAGGAGAAGCUCCCGCAGCUCCUCAUGCACCUCUCUGUGAGGCCGCGCGACACCUACAACUUCGACGAAACUGCACUCUACAUUUCGGUGCUUCCUCGCAAGACGUACGGCGCCGGCCGUGUGGCGGGAAGGAAGGAGGUGAAAGAUCGCCUCACCGUCGGCUUCCUCGUCAACGCGGACGGCUCUCACUCCUUCCGCCCCUUGGUGAUCUCCAAGGCGAAGCGCCCCCACGACUUCCGCCCGAGCUUCGAUCUGCUUUUCACCCUCUUCAUCGAGCAGCUGAACGCUGCCAUGUAUGCCGAGGAUCGUCAUAUUGUGAUUCUUCUUGACAACGCGAGCAGCCAUAUCCUCAGGUCGCGCGGCGCCACCUCCGAUGACCUAUUCGGGUUCCGCACGUGCUCUCUCUCCAACAUCCGCCUGGUGUAUCUCCCACCGAACACCACCGCCUUCACCCAGCCACUCGACCAGGGGCUCAUCGCGAUGGCGAAGGCGCAGUACCGGCAGCAUUGGCUGCGCGCCUUCACCGCCCGCUGGAAUGCGGAAGGAGCGACCCCGGCCGUGGCUCGCUUCAAGCCCAACCUCCGCGACGUCGUGGCCUGGCUCAACGACGCGUGGAUGAACACCGAGUUGCGCACAAUUCAGCGCUGUUGCGCAAUGCCGGCAGCGGCAUUGGUCGCCAUUGACGACAACCAGCCUACCUGCGCAGAGCCGGGCGAGGAUCCGCUGGCCACCGAGCCGCCAACCGCGCCUUCUGCGGAGAUGUGGGAAGCGCCCGCCACCAUGGAAGCCGUCUACGAAGACAGCAACCCCGAGUUCCGCGAGGCACGGCGCUACGCUCGAGCGACCUCCGAGAUGCUCAUCGGCUACGUGAAGGCAACCAGCAUCACCCCGCGCGACUUGUGCGCGCUCUUCGACAUCCGCAACCCCAUCAUCAGGGCGCGUAUGGAGCGCGCCAGCCUGCCGAUUAACCUCAACAUGACCCCGCCGCCUGCCAUCCCUGAGGGCGCCACCCCACAGGCCGAGACACCUCGUCGCCGUGGCCGCGUGCUUCCGGCAUGGAUGACGGAGCCCACCCCAUCGUGGGUGACUCUGACUCAGCAGGCGGCGUGCCGCCAGGAGCUGAUUGACGGCGAUGUGCCGGCCGUCAUGGGUGGCUACCUGGCAGCGCCGAAUGGAUGCGCCUGUGAAGGGGUUUGA